UCGAACCAAGCGGGUCGAAAGAGCUGCUCGCGGUGUACGUAAAACGUCUGUUUGUACCUUCACUUGUGAACUUGAGCCAGGUGUGAAUUAAAAGCGGUUGACGUGCAUGUCCUGGUCUGGUCGCUUGGGAGCGCUGCGGUGCAAAUAUCACUUGUUUCUAGUUGAAUGGUAGCCAUAAAACACUUCAGCUUGUCAAAGAAACUUGACGCUGACGGCCGACUGACGUAUAUAUUUGUUACACAGCAAGAUACAAAAUUACUGAAACGCCAUAGACGAGAUGUGUUUUACCAUCAACUCGAGUCCUUGUUUCAAGACUUGUGGUAAUUUUUGAACAGAAUUUCUUUUCAAAACCAGCUGUUUCUUAUUUUUGGCGCAGUGAUACAUGUGCUACAUUUUACCAGAAAAACGACCUUGAAUAUAGCCAUUUCUUUAGUGCAGACACGUGUCUCAACGGUGUUCUUUUUAGUAGCCGUGAGAAAGAAACGUUUUGCUUUGUUGAGUCAUUCCUUAGUGAGGCGUAUACAAAGGAUUAUAAAUUAGUGCUAUGUAUCUGUAUGGCUGCAGAAAAUAUAAAUGAAUUUGCUACCUUACUUGCAAAUAAUAGUGUGGAAGAUUUCCACCCUGUGACCUUUUAAUAAUAUACGGAGUGUGUGCGUUUUGUAGCGAAUAUCAGAAGGGACAUACGGACUCUUUCAAAGCAGAUUCCCACGUGGAAUAUUCUUCUAAUCUUUAGCAUUGCGGAUGAUAUUUUAACGACAUUGCUUUAAAUUUAAAUAUUUAUUUACUCAAGUGGGAACAGACUUUGUGUCAAGGAACAGUUGACGUUUGUCUAAGUGGUCAUCCUCUUCAAAUCCUUAUGUUUUCCCUUAAUUUAAAUUAAAUAAAAAUGUGCGUAUAUAGCAGCUCUGCAUUAUUUAUAUCUUAAUUACUUUUUUAAUUAAACUAUAAGUGUAAUAUUGUGUGAGUAUUCAUGUGGCUUCUACUCAGAAAUAAAUACUUGAAGUUCUUAUCUAGUUAACGUGUUUAGAACAAAAGAACGGGUGAAUGUUUUUGGUAUCAACCUGUGAAAACCAAUUAAUGUGAAGUGAAUUUGUUCUGCAUCAGCAAACUUAUCAUAAUCUGUUGUAUGUGUUGUAUACGUAACCAAGUAACUUAUUUUCCUAUCUGAUAUGAUGACAGAAAUUUGCUGUUUCUAAUAAUUGCGGGAUAUGCUUUGUAUAUCUUGUUGACAAAAUAAGCGAAACGUUAUAAAAACGUAGUACGAAUUCAGUGUAAUAUUUACGUUAGUCAAGUGAAGAUACUUUUAGAGGCAGAGUAUUAAUUCGAAAAAAUUCCGCAUUCCAGCUUCGUCGAAAAAUAAACAAGACGUCCUCUUACAUAAUGACUUCAUCAUCGUUAACAUCAGUGACAUCAUCAUUUUCGUCAUUGUCUACAUUGGAAAUAAACGGCAGUCACAGUGACACAUGAGGAAGAUCCAAAAUGCUGUUUCUGCACUCGCUAGCGUUCUGUCUUCUUCUUCUUCUCCUCGUUCACGGCGCUGCUGGGACCAGACGGUUUCGCACAGACUUUCUGCAGGAGUUGCCGACCCCAGGAACGGGACCACACUUCGACACCUCCGUGCCGAACAACCUUACCGGGCUGGUGGGAAAGACGGCCUACCUCAACUGUCGCGUCAAGAACCUCGGCAACAGGACGGUGUCCUGGGUUCGACAUCGAGAUAUCCAUCUGUUGACAGUAGGACGAUACACAUAUACAAGCGAUCAAAGGUUCGAAGCCAUCCAUUCACCCCACACGGAAGACUGGACUCUGAGGAUAAGAUAUCCACAACGAAAGGAUUCGGGAAUCUAUGAGUGCCAAAUCAGCACCACACCUCCGGUUGGACACCCCGUGUAUCUCACCGUAGUAGAGCCGAUCACGGAGAUACUAGGGGGUUCUGACCUGUUCAUCAACAGAGGAAGUACGAUCAACUUGACGUGUCUAGUGAGAUUUGCUCCAGAGCCUCCACCAGCCAUGCUCUGGAGCCACAACAGGGAGGUAAUCAACUUCGACUCACCGCGAGGUGGCAUCAGCCUGGUAACGGAGAAGGGUCCCGUUACCACGAGUCGUCUCCUCAUCCAGAAGGCAAUUCCGUCAGACACAGGGCUGUACACUUGCGACCCUUCCAACGCCAACCCUGCAAGCGUCCGUGUGCACAUACUUAACGGCGAACACCCGGCCGCGAUGUACCAUGGGCUGGCCGGUGUUCCCACACGCCCGUCUCUCAGUGCCUUGACAGCGCUAGUGCUCAUCAUCACCUUGCGGGCAGCAGCCAUAUUGCAUCACCAAGUGUAAUCAAGAGAAAGCGUGUGAGUGAAUUCAUCGUCAUGUAACGUUUGCCCUUCAUCCACAUUUUCCUCUACAUAUCAGUGUAUACAGAAAACUAAUUGAUACCAGACCUCAGUCCUUCAGCAAAAGAAACAUUCCGUAUUUUUAAACAUCUUCCUAAUUAUAAAUUACCUUCAGACGAAGCGUAUAGCAAACUAAGAUUUCUGUGACUAUUUCAAUGUAUAUGCCCAGAUAUUAAGGACUUAUCGAUACGUGUAGAGAAACUAUGAAAAGGGAAGACCAAAAACUGUAAUAUUUCGAAUAAGACAUGUUUAAGUGAAGUUCUCGAUUAGUUCUUCAAAGACAUUUUCGUAUGUUGCCUUGUGGGUUUUGCCUCAAGUCCUUAAAGCACGAUUUGUUGAAAGUGAACUGCGUAAAUUCUGUUUAAACGUCAAGUUUCUUUUGAUAUGGAAUCAGAUAAUGAUAAUGGGACUAGAUUCAAAUGCGACAUCAAGACUAGAGUUAGGAUUAAUUUAUAACUUUCAGAUGAGUCAGACCUCGGUCUCACCCCCGAAUCCUCUGCUCCUGCAUUACUUACAGUGGGUGAACGUCGAUACAUUAAGUGUAAAUAUUGUGCAAUAAUUUUGAAAAUAACUUUUUGUACAAUCUGCAGAUAGUCGAUCUAUAAUCACUUUAAUCGCAAGAGACUUUGAUAGUCAGGAUGGGACAAACCGCUUUAAACUUGGCGUUAUUUUGCCCCAUGGAAGGAAAAGUUCGUGUCAUCUUUUAUUUCAGUUGGAAAGGGGCAAAUUUAAGCAUAGAUUUCAACAAACGCCUAAGUAAUUGUACUUUUAUAAUAGUAAGUGAUUUAGGCAUUGUAAUUUGUUUUGAAUGUGGGAAAUAUAAAUAAUACGUUGAGGACCUCACAUUUUUUUCUACUUGUCUCAAGGACACUCUCCGGUAAUUCUGUGGAUGAAGACUGAAGAAUUGUGAAGUCGUUUUAGGCAAAGAAAUGGUUAUAAUCGUUCUCAGUUUGGAUGCAGAAUAAUGUUAUGGUGGUAAAGGGAAGAAUGUUGGAUUGUAAAAAUAUUUUAAAUUUUAUCACGUUUGUUUACACCGUGAUGAUCAAACGUGUUUUUGCAAGGAAAUUGCAUAUGUUUAUUGAAUCUCGAUUUCCUUGCAAAAUUUUAUUUUUAAGUCAGAACUCUGUUUCAUGUUUGUGAAUAAAGUAUAUUAAUAUUG